UGAAAAAACGAGUAAUUUUAUAAUUUGCAUAUUUUCAGUAAUAAUAUUCUGACAAAGGUUCAAUAUAAAUCACUGUCAUGAAAACAAUAUUGGACCACAAAUUUUCUAAUAAGAAACCCGCAUUACCUUCAUUGAACCGCAACGAUUUUCCCAUUGUUUCAAAGUUUAUUAACACUUUUCUAGUGAAACUGAUAAAUGUAGAAAUGUGAUGAUGGAAAGUAAUUGCAACCGCUCCUGUUUUCACAGUCAUGAUGAGUUAGCUACUGUCUGCUCGAUAAUGUGUCGAUUAGCGGCUGAUUAAUCUGGCUGCAAAUUGAAUGGAGUUGAUGGUCGAAUAGCAAAAGAAGAAGAUGCUCUUCUCAAGAUACAGCGCCGUCAGCCCAUUGGAGCACGUAGCAUUUUUUCUGCUCACCCCGGCCGUUUUACUUUCCCUAGUUUUCUGUAUUACGCUUCUUAUUCGAAUCCAAUUUUCCGGACCGGCGGCUCGUUUUACUUUUCUCACCGAUCGGAGCAUCGGGGUACGACACUGCAGUGCAGCGAAUAACGUGGCAAUCCAAUUGUUUUUUGUCGUAAACAUUUAUAAAUUAGCCGGUGCGCUACCGUUAGUGGUGGGGAGAGAAACACAGAGACCUUCAGGUCGUAAUCUUACGGGAGGACUUUCUCGAGGGUUUUUUUGCCAUGGUGAGACGAAGGGGCGUAAUGUGUUCUGGCCGGCAACAGCGUGAAAACAUCAGCUCGCUAAUUGUGGCUCGGGAGUUUUGGUCAAAUGGCAAGUGGGGUAAUGAAUUGAACGACUCCCGGGGAGGGGGACACCCUCUACUUCUAUAAAGCGAUUGCAACCACUCGGGACACGUUCAUAUUGUUUCUGACUUGGAAAAUGUCCGGUAAAAUGGUGUUUCUAGCAGUUGCAGCUGUUCUCACAAGGACUGUUCACUCGGAUGUUGACUCUACGACAGAGAGCACCCCCACCCCCGCCACAACUCACACCACCCUCACACCCCCUGCUGAUAAUAGCAGCUCUUCCUCACCUGUCAUCAUCACAGAAACCUCGGAUAUUAUACUCAAGUUGAUCUCUCACCGGUGUCACAAGCAGUACUCAGUGACCUGCUUCAAACUGGAUAUGAUGCGCCUGGUAGACAGACUCGGUCACACGCCCAGCUACCAGUUGCUACCAGGAGUAAAGCUGACCCACCUCUACCUGGAGCCAGCGCCCGUCAAGGACAUGCCCUUCACGAUCCUGCAGGCCGUGCUACAGGGCAACGACUCCACCGAACUCGACGACCUACUCGUCAAGCGUAUCAACAACUACCUCGACUCCAUCACGCUCUCCGUCAAACUGCUCGACCAGCACACUGUAUCACGCGCCAAGAAGAUCGGACAAGAUAUCCUGGAUGGCUUCACUGGUGAUGUGCAGACUGGCAGAAAGAAAGGGUACGGUGGCGCGCUUUGGGCAGCCGGGACGCUAGCGGCGGUCGGUGUGGCUGGUCUGGCAGCCAUGGCGGGCAAAGCGCUGAUGACGUCAAUGCUGGCGCUGCUUCUGGCGGCAGGCGGCGCGCUCAGAGGCAGCGGAGGGGCGGCAGCCGGAGGCGGUGGUGGGGGCGGCGAGAAGUGCGCCUAUCACUACAUGACUGCGCACGGUCGCAACAUGGAAUUGCAUGAGAUUGGACACAAGCCUGUCGAGGUGGCUCCCGCCUCUUCCUACAGGAUCUACGAUCGGGAACCAUGAUCUACGAUCGGGAACCAUGAUCCACGAUCGGGAACCAUGAUCCACGAUCGGGAACCAUGAUCUACGAUCGGCAAUCAUGAUCCACGAUCGGGAACCAUGAUCUACGAGCCAAAACGAAAGCUGCUCUUUGAUUCUGUAAAUUAUUCCAGACACUGAUAGGCCAACGGGUCAUGUUUUGUUGCAAUUAUCAACAAGAUCAAUUCAUGUAUAUUAAAAGACUCUCUUAAUACUAAUGACAAUCAAUGAGAAUAGCGUUUCACUGGAUCAAAUCACCUGUGGUUUGUACCAAAAUAAACGUUAUAGUAAACCUAUAUUUAUUCAGAUUUUAUUCGUAUAUAGGAAUAACUAAUAAGUUGAUUGGUUCAAGAGUGUGAGAUGAGUGAAAAUUAAUGGAUGGCCCCACUGUGGCUUCUUGGCUUGCAAUUUAGUUUAUAGUUCCUCAACCGCGCCUAGUCUAUAUUGAGGUUCACGUUAUAAUGGCAGUAGCCUACGGUACUCGAUCAACAUUAGUGUUGCUAUGCUUCUACCAUUCGACAAAGCAGUAACGCUAACCUUUUCU